GUUUUGCCCCGCCUUCCUCUCUGCUUCACGGCGGUGGUGGGUCGGAGGAGCCGCUGUGUCCCCGGUCUGGCACGUUCCUAGCCACAUUCUCCACGGUGUUAAAUUUGAUCCCCAUUUCCCCCCCACAAAAACUAAAAAAAAAAACUAAAAAAAAAUCACUCCCCCUUCGCAAACACCCGCAGCCGCUUUUACGUUCGCGCUUCCCACAAAAACACACAGAUCUCCGGCAGAAGAUGGCGGUUGUAAGCGGGAUGUCGGGGUCGGCGGUAGCCCGGCUAGAGGGCCGAGAAUUCGAAUACCUGAUGAAGAAAAGGUCGGUGACCAUCGGCCGGAACUCCUCGCAGGGCUCGGUGGACGUCAGCAUGGGACACUCCAGCUUCAUCUCGCGGCGGCACCUCGAGAUAUUCACCGCCGGGGAGGACGGCACUGGCACCGGAGAAUUCUACCUCCGAUGCCUGGGGAAAAACGGGGUGUUUGUUGAUGGGGUGUUCCAGAGAAGAGGCGCUCCACCUCUCCAGCUUCCACGAAUGUGUUGUUUCCGCUUCCCAAGCACAAGUAUAAAGAUCACGUUCACAGCCCUGUCCAGUGAAAAGAAGGAGCCAAGGAACGUGCCGGAAUCACCGGUCAAGCCCGUCCAGCCCCAAAUCUCCCCACUGACCAUUAACAUUCCUGACAACAUCGCCCACCUCAUGAGCCCACUGCCUUCACCCACUGGCACCCUCAGUGCAGCAAACUCCUGUCCGUCAAGUCCGCGAGGGGCGGGGUUCUCCAGCUACAGGACAGGUCGUGCGUUGACCUCUGACCUUAUAGGAGACAACUCCCAGUCGGAAAACGACAAGGAGGCGUCGGGUGAAGACAGCCCAAAAGACGACUCCAAACCUCCAUAUUCAUACGCGCAGCUAAUAGUCCAAGCGAUCACCAUGGCCCCGGAUAAACAGCUCACACUGAACGGAAUUUACACCCACAUCACCAAGAACUACCCGUACUACAGAACAGCUGAUAAAGGCUGGCAGAACUCGAUCCGUCACAACCUGUCCCUGAACCGGUACUUCAUCAAAGUGGCCCGCUCUCAGGAGGAGCCGGGGAAAGGCUCCUUCUGGAGGAUCGACCCGUCCUCCGAGGGCAAGCUGAUAGAACAGGCCUUCAGGAAGCGCCGGCCCAGGGGCGUGCCUUGUUUCAGGACACCUGUGGGAACUCUGUCCUCCAGGAGCGCUCCUGCCUCUCCUAACCACACGGGGGCGCUGUCCGCUCACUCCAGCGGGGUCCAGACUCCAGACAGCCUGUCCAGAGAGGGCUCCCCGGUCCACAUGGAUCCAGAGCCGACCCCUCCCCCGGCCCCCGUGCAGACCGCCACAGUCCAGCCCAAACUCGCCGUCAUCCAGGAGGCGCGCUUCGCUCAGAGCUCCCCCGGCUCCCCGCUCAACAACCAGCCGGUACUGAUCGCCGUGCAGCGGCAGAUGCCUCAGACGACCAUGAAGCCUGUGACCUACACCGUGGCGACGCCGGCCAUCGUGACGACGGCGGGUAGCCCCGCCCCCGUCAUGCAGACGGUGCACGUCGUCCACCAGAUCCCAACGGUCGCCAUGGCGACCGUCGCCACACAGCCUGCUGUGAGCCAAAAACCUCAGGAGAACGGCGGCUCAGAGCACAAAGAGAUCAAAGUGAAGGCGGUGCCGUCCAUCACAGCCACGUCUAUAGGCGGAGUCAGUCGUAUCAUCCAGAGCUCUCAGGCGGCGCCGCUGACGACGGUGACCAUCCUGCAACAGGCGCCGCUCGGUCAGCACCAGCUCCCGAUCAAGGCCAUCACACAAAACGGGAAGCACCUGGUCCCCAUCACUACUGCUGCUAACACAGCCAUCGCGAACCCUCUUCACCUCCUGGCGACUCACGCCUCAGCCUCCGCCUCCCUCCCCACCAAGAGGCAGAACGGAGAACUGCAAGACCAGCCCGGAUCAAAGAGAGCGAAACCGGGGGCGGUGGAGGAGAGCGGUGCUGUCGUCGUCGUCGUCAACAACAACAACAACAACAACAACAACAACAACAACAACAACAACAACAACAACGGCACCACGGACAGAGCCGGAGAGGGAGGGGUCAGUGAACAGGUGUGAUCUGCGUGCACUGACCUCAGCUCUCCUGUACGUAUCGAGCCUCACACCUUCCACACUCUCUCACACACACACACACACACACACACACUCUUCUACUUCAAGGUGCCAAAAAAAACAAAAGACGGAAACGAGUCUGCAGAAUGUGCAUAACCCCGCCCCCUUAUACACACACACACAAUCCCACUCUUCCUCCUCCUCCUCCUCCUCCUCCACGAAACACGGUGCAAAGACUAGACCAAACUGAAAAAUGGAAGCGAAGACUGUGAAGACGUUUGUGACGCAGACGCCCGUGAGGACGACGCCUGGUUUAAAGGGAUCGUUCAGGUUUUAUCUGGUUGGUGUUGUUGGAUGAGGUACUAACACGCUGCUAACUCUGACUUUAGCCACACACAUAAAAGGCUCACCUAUGAUAUCUCAGAACAAUGCUCCCUGCUUUUAUCUCACUUUUUUUCCCAACGUGAAACUGACAUUUGUAAAUCCACACCAAAUCCCAUAGAGAAAAUCAGUGAUUUAAGCUCACAAGGACACAGCAGCUGCUGGUCUACUGCUGCCUCGUGUGGUCACUUUGUGUAAGUAAAUCCAAAUGAAUUAUUUCAAAUCCUGAGAAACAAAAUAAGACUUUUGAACGUACAGACGGAGGCGGCAGUGGAUCGACAACUCCUGUGUGCUGUGAUGUUAAAAUCGCUGAUUUCCUCUAUGGGCUUUGGUGCAGGGAGAGUGAGUGCUUUAAUAGUCGAAAAAAAAAGGUGUGUAAUGACGAGAUAAAGCCGGGAAAAUACAUUCUUAUGUGAUCGUAGGUUUUAUUUUGUGAGCUUCCUGUUAAAGCUCAGUGCGUAAGAAUUAAGUGAGAUCCUGUUUGUCUAUUCGAGCUACUGUGGAAACGUGGCAGCACAACUUCAACCAACAUGCGUGUAAUGUUACGUUAUGCUGUGUUCACACCGGAUGCGACAUGGCGUGGUGGUACAACACUGAGUCUCUCGUGCAAACGUCUGCAGAGAAGAGGCCGUCGUCUUGUGCAGUUUUUGCAACACAACACCGUACAGAGCCGCUAAAUUCAGGAGCUCGCCAACGUUGUGUCCGGCCCUGCGUGGUGUUGUGAAACCACCACAGAACGACGGCUUCUCUGCGAUGUGCGGCUGGCGCUAUCAUCGUGACAAAUCGCGUUUGGCGUGAACACAGCGUUACACACAAGCGGCUAAUAUCUUAUACAAAAAAAAAAAAAAACCUGAACUAUCCUUUUUUAAAAGAUGAAAAAAAGAGGACUGUAACUCCGCCCCCAAAGACAAAAAAGGAGCCGAACUCUGGUAGCAUCACAGACGAGCGAAGAAAUCAUCGGCUGCGUAUGUUUGUUUUUUUGUUUUUUUUCUCCACAUUAAAGGGAAGUGUGUGUGUGUGUGUGUGUGUGUGUGUGUGUUUGUGUAUGUUCGCGUGGACAUUCCGUCUUCGGCAGCUAGCCUCCGUGUCGACCUACCUAACCUUGAGUCGUGAGUAGAUUAUGCAGUAUUCUGUCGUACACGUGUGUAUCUGUGAGUGUUUUUUUUUCCCCCUCCUCCCCCCAAAAACCACAGAUACUCUCUCUAGUAAUAAUUAAGAUAAUAAUUAACGAAGAAAAUGAAAAAUCUAUACGUGGGCUCUUUAAGAACAUUUAAAAAAAAAACACAAUAUUUUUCGGGAUUUUUUUUUUUACGUGAAAUGAAUGUAGUCUCAAAAACACUAUCUAUGGAGUGGACGUUUCGAUUUUUAUUUUUAUUUAGUUUUUUAAAGUUUUUUCGUUUCUGCUCACUCACGCGACAGGAAAAAAGAUUUCUUUGAUUGCCGUACAUCUACAGAUUAUUUUUUUCACGUUUUACAAAUAUCCUACGAGAUGAAACGACGUAUAUUAUUCCCGUUCUGCGUAUUUUGACCAUGAACUUGCAUGUUAUGGAUCUAGAGACAAAUGUACGUGAGCAGAUUUAACCGAGUUAUGGAACUGAAGAAAAUUUUGACUGAAUCUACGCUUUAUGAUUCUGACCAGUGCUGCACUUAACCCUCUUUAGUUUUAAUUUUUUUGUUUUAUUUUUCUGUAUUUCAUUUUUUACUUUGGCUCCUCAGUAUUUUCCCUCCCGUCGUCAUUGGUUGUUUUGUUAUAUUUUGUGUUGAAGUCUCUCUUUGCUUGUUUUUUUUUGUUGUUUUUUCAGAUUGUAUUCUAUGUUACGUGAGGAAAAUUAAGUGAUCGGUGUUUGUUCUGCUUCAGUGGGUAAAUGCUUUUUUUUUUAUAUAUAAAUUUAUUUAAAACACAAA